CCCAAAGCCGUGGUUAAGAAAAACCUGUGUUGCCAGCUUGCCCCAAAGCAAGAUGGCUGCCAGUCUCCAUUCUCCUUUCCCAAAGUGACGCUAUUCAGUCCCUGCUUAAUGCCGCUGCCAGGCUGCCCUCACCUAGUAUGGCUGCUCCGGCUCAUGCCUCGCUAUGGUCUCGAAGCCGACACUAACCGGCCAGGUUCCGGGAGGCGCUGUUCAGGAUGCAGCCACCCCCGCCCGCCUCUCCCCUCCCCCCACGCCCGCGGCGGCGGCGGCGGCGGCGGCGGCGGCGGCGGCGGUGGUGGCUGGAGCCCGGAUGCGGCGCCGUGAGACAGGCCCGGGAGACCAGCGCGGAUGGAUCCAACAUGGCGGCGCCGAUCCUGACCCGAGAGAAGAAACCUGGGAAAUUGAGUUUCUUGCAGAGGACACUUGGGAUUGCAGCUGCUGAGCAAGGAUUCUGGAAAGCAUUGUGUCCCUGAGCCCCCAGCAUGGCGGGCCUAAAGCGACGGGCAAGCCAGGUGUGGCCAGAAGAGCAUGGUGAGCAGGAACAUGGACUCUAUAGCCUCCACCGCAUGUUUGACAUCGUGGGCACCCACCUGACACACAGAGAUGUGCGUGUGCUUUCCUUCCUCUUUGUUGAUGUUAUUGAUGACCAUGAACGAGGACUCAUCCGAAACGGACGUGACUUCUUACUGGCACUGGAGCGCCAGGGCCGCUGUGAUGAGAGUAAUUUUCGCCAGGUGCUGCAGCUGCUACGCAUCAUCACUCGCCAUGACCUGCUGCCCUAUGUCACGCUCAAGAGGAGACGGGCUGUGUGCCCUGAUCUUGUAGACAAGUAUCUAGAGGAGACAUCAAUCCGCUAUGUGACCCCCAGAACCCUCAGCGAUCCGGAACCGAGGCCGCCCCAGCCCUCUAAAACAGUGCCUCCCCACUAUCCUGUGGUGUGCUGCCCCACUUCGGGUCCUCAGAUGUGUAGCAAGCGGCCAGCCCGAGGGAGAGCCACACUAGGCAGCCAGCGAAAAUGUCGGAAGUCAGUGACACCAGAUCCCAAGGAAAAGCAGACAUGUGAUAUCAGGCUGCGAGUUCGGGCUGAAUACUGCCAGCAUGAGACUGCUCUGCAAGGCAAUGUCUUCUCCAAUAAGCAGGACCCACUUGAGCGCCAAUUUGAGCGCUUUAACCAGGCCAACACCAUCCUCAAGUCCCGGGACCUGGGCUCCAUCAUCUGUGACAUCAAGUUCUCUGAGCUCACCUACCUCGACGCAUUCUGGCGCGACUACAUCAAUGGCUCGUUGUUAGAGGCACUGAAAGGUGUCUUCAUCACAGACUCUCUCAAGCAAGCUGUGGGCCAUGAAGCCAUCAAGCUGCUGGUGAAUGUGGAUGAGGAGGACUAUGAGCUGGGCCGACAGAAACUCCUGAGGAACUUGAUGCUGCAAGCAUUGCCCUGACCUUUCCCCACACCUCUUUGGAGACUGUUCCCACCACCCACCUCUGGAGCUCACAUACUGUUCUGGAGUUUGUUCUCUACCCUUCCAACCAAUCACACCGCCUUUUUUUUUUUUUUUUUUUUAAAAGGAAAAGACAAAGGAAAGUGGAAGUGGUGUUCCCUACCCCUCCCUGCACCUAUGUGCCUGGGCUUCCCCUCUGUUUCCUGUUUCCACUUAACCCCUAAUGUGUGUCUCUACAGCCACCUUACCACUGAGCCGUAAGACAGAUGUAUAGGGACAAAGUCUAUGGAACAUAGUCUUUGUAAGAGAUUGACGUGAACAUUGCUUUCAGGUGCACUGAGGGGUUAUCAAUACUUAUGGCUUUAUGAGGGCUCUUAAAUUUUGUCUGAAAAACCAAAGGGCUGUGAGUAAGGGAGCUAUGUGGAAGGUGGGACUCUGAAGUGUAUUUUGGAAAUUAAUUACCACCUUCUUCCAGAUUACAGAAUUUUUAAAAAACAAGCUGUGGCCCUUUCCACUCUCUCCUGGCCUCUGGUGCUGCUCCUCUCUCUCUGCCUUUCCUCCAUUCUAUGGCUUGAAACUUCUGCCUGGUGUGGCUCCUUCCCUUUUCUCCUUUGUCAAACUCUUCAAGGGAGUAACAUACAGGAUUUGGUCAGCCUACUAACCCCUUCCAACUGUGAUGUGUGUGUGUGUGAACACUCAUACACAGCAUGGAUGGAACAGAGGCUGCUGAUUAAAAUUAAAAAUGCUUCUCUGAAAAGAAGGGGAAGCAUGACAUUUCCAUUUUUAAGUGAAAAUAAGUAACAAAUGAACUCUCACCCCCAUCCCAAUCCCCUUUCCCUUUGCUUCCUUCCAGCUUGAGCAAGGGGCACCAUAGAAGAAAAUGAGGUAUUUGGUGUCAGCUCCUCCUCUUCCUGUCCUCUUUUCUACCUUUACACCUACUCCUGUGCUUUGGAGAAUGCGGCUAGGCCAUGCACUGAGUGCUGCACUUUUUAGGUAGGAAGGCAUAUUGAAUGAGCCAGGAGGCCUACAACUGGAGCCUAGUCAAGCAGGUCUGAUACCGCCUCCCCUUCCAGCUCCCAAAGGUGAUGUCCACACACAGACAUUAUGAUUAUUAUAUUUUUUUCAAUGCCAGUGCUGCUUAGCCCCCAGCGUAACUUCAGUUUUCAUGAAAUAAACAGUGACUAUAUAAGAUUC